AGAGCGGGCGCCCAUCUUCCCGCGCCCUGCGCUGAAAGCGCCGUUGGUGAGCCGUGAUGAAGGGGCGUUUGAUCCCAGGAGCUGUGGCAUGCCUGGGCUUCGUGGCGGUUCAGACCGUGUUCGUUGAGCCUUCCUUCCCGGCGCCUCGGGUGGCCCAGCGAGAGCAUGCUUCCCCGCGCACGACGAGGAGCUGCGGUUCCGGCGCGGCCUUUGCCAGCGCCGCGAUGGUGGCCGCGACCUGCUGUGGCUCCAUUCGGGGCGCAGGCAAGCGCUCGCGUGGCGCAGUUGUGACGCAGGCGCUGGACGACAGCGUAGCGGGCACCGCGUUCACAGGAAGCACCCAGGCGCAAGAGCCACAAGGCAGUGCCACCGAGAGCCGCAUCCCGCGGCGCAUGCUCAUGCCAAAGAAUGUGAAGUGGCGAAAGCCCCACAAGCCGCCGGUGAAGCCCUGGGAUACCAACACGUGGAAGUACAAGGGAGAGGCGUGGAGGGGCAACAAGCCCUACUUUGGCAAGUAUGCUCUGCAGAUCCAGCAGGAGGCUUGGAUCAACAACAAGAACAUUGAGGCCUGCCGUCGAAUGAUGGUGCGCGUGAUGCGCCGCGGCGGCGGCAAGUACUGGCUGCGCUGCUUCCCCCACUCCGCCAUCACCUGGCGAGCCAAGGAGUCGCGAAUGGGCGGAGGCAAGGGCAAUAUUCAUUCCUGGGUGCAAUCGGUGCGGCCGGGCUAUAUCCUCUUCGAGAUGGACGGUUGCACGGAGGCAGUGGCGAAGCGAGCCUUCCACUACAUCGACAAGUAUCUUCCCUUCAAGACCAAAGUCCUCAUCAAGGACACCCCGAGCCGCUUCGAGCUCGGCCUGGCAGGCAGCCUCAAGUCCAAGAAGAACAUCCCCAAGGAGUUCCAGAAGUUCUCCGACACUGAGUGAGCUUGAGCCGGGUUUGGCCGAAGGAAGGAUUUUCGGGCCCUGCGAGCC